CAGCCGCUGGAUCCCCAGGACGGGCUUCGACUCCUCCCCUUCCUUUGAACCCUACAAUUCCAACCGGGACUCCCCAAUAAAUGGAUGAGGAUAGAGUGAGCUGGGUCCUGCGUUCUCAGUGUUGGGGCAAAGAUCAGAGAAUGUGAGGGUCGGAAUGGGGGCUUGGCAGGAACGCGGCCGAUCCUAAUGUCACCCCUGGCCUGGAGGCCACUCUAACGGUGCUUUGGGGCUGUCCUUGGUCGUGCGGACUCCAGCGUCGCAGCCGGUGGGAGCAGAUCAGCCCCAGGUCUGCCCAUGCCGUUUUCUCUAGUCAGACCUGCGUUUGGGCCUCUCUCCUGCCUUCCAAAUCGCGCAAAGUUCGUUGUUUCGCUCAGCGUGUUGGAUAUGUGUCGGGACUCAGGGGACUUCUGAAAGCCUGUUUUUAUGGCUUACGCGCGGUCCGUAGGGACCACUGAUGCUUCCUGGCCCCUCGGGAAAAGGAGGUUCCCUGCCCCGGACUCUUUCUCCCAAUUCCUCCAUCAGCGGAGGAAUAACUCCUAGCGGAGCAGUAACUGCCCUCAGAAGAAUAAUUGCAACUUUCCCUAAAAUCUGCAGCAAAGGUCCCCACAUAUGGUGUGAUUCAGUGCCAGUGACCCAGGGAACCCAGAAACUGUGGCCUUCGCGGAGGUGGGGACCUGGACUGGCCAUGUUUCCCCAUGCAGUCCCAGGGUCUCCAUUCCUGCCGCGCUCCCGCAGAUAAGGGCGGGCGGGGCGCUGGGAGGGGGGAGUUGCUAUAAGGAGGCUGGGACGGCGGGCGCGGCCCCCAGAACACGUCACGCCAGCGCCAUGCUCAGCGCCCAAGAGCGCGCCCAUAUCGCACAGGUCUGGGACCUGAUCGCCGGCCACGAGGCGCCCUUCGGGGCGGAGCUGCUGCUCAGGCUCUUCGCAGUGUACCCCAACACUAAGACCUACUUCAAGCACCUGGGCGACUGCCCCGACGAGGUGCUGCUGCUGAACCACGGACAACGCAUGCUCGAGGCGGUGGGCGUGGCCGUGCGGCACGUGGACAACCUGCGCGCCGCCCUGAGCCCGCUCGCCGACCUGCACGCACACGUGCUGCGCGUGGACCCCACCAACUUUCCCGGUGAGCCACUGCUGAUCCAGUGUUUCCAGGUGGUGCUGGCUUCCCACCUCCAGGACGAAUUUACUGUGGAGAUGCAGGCCGCGUGGGAUAAAUUCCUGACUGGCAUAGCCGUGGUGCUGACGGAGAAGUACCGCUGAGUUCAGUGCCCCGCAGGCCUAGGUCUGAGGACAUCAAUAAACAGGCCUCAAAACGCUG